UGUAUCGGCGCGCUGAUGCUCUUGAGUAAAAAACAGCAGUGGCCGACAUUCUGGAGAGAGAGAGAGAGAGAGAGAGAGAGAGACAGAGAGAGAGAGAGAAUGGAAGCCCUGAGAUCCUCGUACGGCGGGGACUCCGACUCCGACUCCGAUCCUCUCCCAACGUCAGCCGCCAGUUCCGUACACCAAGCGCCAAACCCUCUGCCUCCACCUCCUCUCGACCUCCUCAAUCCCCCCAAUUCUCUCGGUACACUAGACUACUGGCAAGGUGGUCAGCCCAGUCGAGUUCGGAGCUUCCCUCACGUUGAAGGAAACUAUGCUUUGCACGUUUACAUCCCGGUUCGGAUACCUCCAACACCAAAGAAGGAGUUGACCCAGUUUCUGAAGAGGGUCUCAUCUCUUGUGCCUGGUUUAAAUGCUAUCGACGUAGACAUCCCACUCGAAGUGCUGUGCCCCGAUGAUUUGAAGCUUGAACAAGUUUCCCUGGGGAGAGUAUUCCACAUAAGUUUGGGGAGAACUGUUCCAAUUCGAGUGCAUCAAAUCGAGUCAGUGGUGGCAAUGCUUCGUCAAAAGCUUCAGUUUCAGAGGAGGUAUUUGAUUGAUUUUAGUGAGUGGGAGGUGUUUGUGAAUGAUGAUUGCACACGCUCCUUUCUUUCAGUUGAGGUCAGAAAAGAAGGUUUGGCAGAGAUAAAGAAGCAGAUUCAAGCUGUUAAUGAGGUCUACAAGCUUCACAAUCUUCCUGAAUUUUACAAGGAUCCACGCCCUCAUAUAUCGAUAGCUUGGGGAAUGGGUGAUAUUAGUGAUUUAUUGAAGAGAGUGGUUGUAGAAGCUUUGAAGGAAUUCACUGGGCUUAGAGGAUACGCAGGAAAAUGUAUUUUUACCUGCAAAUUUAGUGGUAUCAACUGUAAGAUAGGCAAUAAAGCCUACGAAAUAUGUAAAUUCCAAGAAUAAUAUAUCUAUUGAGGGGUCCUUUCACCACUGUCGUUGACUGGUGAAACACUUGGGUCUCAUUAGAAUUGUAGUUGUAGCCGACUCUGAAGUAAAAAGAUAUUGAGCGAAUAACAAUAUAGUUGUUCUUUUGUUCA